AUGCCCGGUGAGAGAUGGCGCAAGGACGAGCUCGAGGCUCUCCAAUGGCUGUUGAACCGAAAGGAGCAGCUACGCUCUGAGUGUCGCAGUCGCGGCGAGAUAUGGGACCCAGAGAGCUGGAGCUGGGAGGCUAUUGCAAAUAAGAUGACUCGAACUGCGAGAAGAGAUGAAUGGCCGGAGCUGCGAAAAUACACUGGCAAGGUUUGUUACACUGCUUACCGCAAGAGACAGUCCCUCCUCGCCGCCAUUGCUCCUGUGCAUCAAGAGUAUCCUGCUCCCCUCCCGGCCGCCUCUCCAUCCUCAGGUCCAACCUCACCCUCGCCCUCGCUUCCGGGACUCGGCGACAUGCAAACACCUGUCAACAAUGCCUCUGCCUCUUCGGGUUCUGGGGCCCGUGAUAAUCUUGAUCGUCAACAAGCCAUCCAACAUGGUUAUCCAGGUCCAUCUCAGCCAUCUCGCCUCCCAUCAGCCAUCCCUGCCCCACUCCCGCCAGUCACUGUCCCGCAGAGAAAAUUCCACAAUCCGUAUGGUUUUGUCACUCAAUACACUGCUCCUCAACAACCAGCUCCUGUUACCACGAACUCUGUCUCAGUACAGUACGUCGAUGAUGUCGGCUCUCGAGUUCCUGCGACGGGAGGUCGCUCUGCGCGCCACCCACUGCCAAGUCAUUCUGGAAGAUCAGCUUCAUCUAUGGGACCACACAAUGCUCAAGCAGCUUCGACUCCACAACGUCGUCAGCAGAUGAACUUCGCCGCACCCGCUGCCGUUCCGCACCAUAGAUCUCAAUCACGGCACUCAAUGCAAAUGUCCGGACCAGCCGUUCCUGCAGCCUUUGGAUCCGCCGCUGGUCAAGCUCAAGGUAGCACGCAGCAACACCAGUCCAACCAAAACGGCUCUAACAAUGUCAACCACCAUAUCCCUCCCGAGCCUCCUUACCAUUGGACCCCCAUGGAGAGAGAUGCCCUGAAGGAUCUUUACUUGUACAGCGGCAUUGGUCUCCCUUCCAACUUCGUCCACGAUCGCCGCAAAGGCACGUGGACCUGGAGAAUGGUCGCCGAGGAGAUGAAUCGUCGGGCUGUGGGUGCUUCGUGGAACGUCGGCCGAAUCUACAAUGAUGGCUCAUGCCACCAGAUGGGAAAGUACAACAAGGCUGAUUGGGACGCAUGCUACAGGGAGCGACCUCCCGGCGCGACCGUUCAACCCCUCGACGAAGAUGACUUCGAGUGA